CAGAACCUAUCUCUGCCAGACAGCCGGCUCUGCGACCCCACGUCCACAAGCAGCCGGAGAAGACCACCCGAGUCCGGACCGUCCUUAAUGAAAAACAGCUUCACACCUUGAGGACCUGCUACGCUGCCAACCCCAGACCUGACGCCCUCAUGAAAGAGCAACUGGUAGAAAUGACUGGCCUCAGCCCGAGGGUCAUCAGGGUUUGGUUUCAAAACAAGCGGUGCAAGGACAAAAAAAGGAGCAUUAUGAUGAAGCAGCUUCAGCAGCAGCAACCCAAUGACAAAACUAAUAUCCAAGGGAUGACAGGAACUCCGAUGGUGGCUGCUAGUCCGGAGAGACAUGACGGUGGUUUACAGGCGAACCCGGUGGAGGUGCAGAGUUACCAGCCGCCCUGGAAAGUACUGAGUGACUUCGCCUUGCAGAGUGACAUCGAUCAACCUGCUUUUCAGCAACUAGUUAAUUUUUCAGAAGGAGGACCCGGUUCCAAUUCUACUGGAAGUGAAGUAGCAUCGAUGUCCUCUCAGCUGCCAGAUACGCCCAACAGCAUGGUAGCCAGUCCUAUUGAGGCAUGAGGAACAUUGAUUCAGAUUUCUGUUGUUGUUGUUUCUGCCCUUACCGUCACCCCUGUUGGAGAAAGCGGGAAAGUGAUCGGUUGGGACUUCAAAAUUUAGUGGGGAUAAAUAUUUAACAAUCUUAUAAUGAACCUAGCAAGGAACUGCUCCAUGAGAUGAACGGAGUCAUGUUUGAAAAAACAAGGUAAUAUGGUAGCAACACUGUGAAGACAAUCAUGGGAUCUUACUAGAAUAAAUACUAAAAAAAUAAAAAAACAAAACACAAAACAAAAAACCUAACCCGCGCUAUCAAUGAUCAGAGGAGGAUCGAAAAGACGUUUUCAAAACGUGAAGGAUUUGUACUCGUGGAUCUCAAAAAAAAAAAAAAAAGGAAAAAAAAAUCUUUUCAUUUGACUGCACAUCUUAGGGAGAAACCAAGGUAGAGGGACUUUCUAUCCAGUCCCUCCCAAUCCGAAUGGUGCUGUUUCUAUAUUGGGGAUUGCCUUGCCAAAAGGAGCUCCAGUCGGUUUUCCAUCGUCAGGAAAGAGACGAUUUGACCCUGCAUUGUUGAAAGAUUCAUUGCAGGAAGGUGGAGCUGCAUUGGUUUGCAAUGUUGUUUUUAGUUGACUCUUAACAAGGGGUUGUUUCCUGGGUCUCUUCUAGCAUGUACUGUAGCGGGGUUUUGAUUUUGUUUGGUUGAGAUCCACCCUCUAUCAAGUUUGAAGCGAUUAAAAAUAGGUUUUUGAAUUGCUCUUUCAAAACCAAUUUAUAAAAGCAUUGCAACAAGGUAUACCUCUAUUUUGCCACAAAGCGUCUCGGGAUUGUGUUUGAAAUGUGUCCGUCCAAGAACCUUCCCCUCCCCCAGAGAUGUGUAUAGUUAAAACGACUGUUUUUCUCUCUUUCUCUUUCUCUUUCUCUCUCUCUCUCU